ACAACAACACAAACAACAACAACAAAUCAGUUCAGCUGACAAAUAGUUGAAUCAGUCGAAUCAGAGAAUCUGCUCAACAUUCUCGAUAUCGUCAGUCGUCAUUGGCAGCUCGAGCGGUUCUGUCGCGUUCUCCCCUUAAGUUUGCAAAGCUGCAAGGAUCUGCUGCAAGCGAUAUAAACUGCAGGCGGUCUUCUUAUCGCCGCCGUCGGUGUUCGACUUUUGACACGGUCUCCCGCCCCUGCCACCGCCCACACUCCCACAAACUGAUACUGACACACAAACUGCGAUUUGAAAUGGCGAGCCCGUGCCGCCAGUGCUAAUGAUGUCGCGUCGAGAGCUGGGCCAGCGUCAUCGAAUCCGUUCCGGCAAACCCAGUUGCAUGCCCAGGCUCAAUUCCAAGUCGCGUCUCGAGUGUGUGAGAGUUUCUACUGUGCUUGUGUCGAAUUUGCGUCUCCACUGUGGCCAUUAAGUUGGCAAGUUGGCAACUCUGUGGCGAUAAUCGAAAAUCAAAGCGUGCUUUAUGCCUUAUCGCAAAUUAUUUAUGUACGAGUAUAAUAAUUGAUGCAUUGCCAAGACCAAGACCAACCAAGACCAAUUAAUGCCAAAGCGAACUCUAAACGCAUAUAAAACUAAAACUAAAACUAAAACUAAACUAAUAAAUAAAGUCCAGAACUCACAGAACUAAAAGCAAUCAAAUAAUCGAUCGACCAAAAGAUCGCCAACUUUCAUCAUGGACUUUCAAAGCGCAAUGGAAACCUUCGCUGAAGCCUGGGUGGCGGCCAACGCCGGACAGCAGAGCCAAGCACUGGCCCUCACCCGAGCAGCCAAUGCGGCGGCUGUGGUGGCUGCUGCCAACGCCAAUGUCAAUGCCAAAUCACCCUCGGCUGCCGCCAGUCUGAUGGACAUGGUCGUCAAGAAGGAACACUCAUUGUCGCCAUCGCACAGCGUCAUCACCGAAGAGGCCGGCACUGGACCUGGUCAGUUGCAGCACAGACGUGCAUCCCUACAGGGCGUGCAGGAGAAGCUCACCCAGCUGCAGAUGCAGCAUCAGCAUCAUCAGCAGCAGCAGCAACAACAACAGCAGCAGCAGCAGCAGUCACAGUCUAGCACAGAGUCAGCGAAUGCCGCAAGUCGACGUUCCGCAGAGGGCAGCCCGCCGGCCUUGGGGCUUGGGCCGCACCAGCACCAACAAAAACAACAGCAACAACAACAGCAGCAACAGCAAUUGCAUCAAUCACAGCAGCAACAGCAACAGCAACAUAUGCACAACUCGGAUGCUGGCAGCAGCAUUGCGGUGUCCUCAUCGACGGGCUCUAGUCAGAAUGCAUCCCUCGCGGCGACGCCGAAGAGUGAGCGCGAGGAGCGUGGCAGCAUCUCCUGCCUGCCACCCGCUGCUCUGGGCAUGGCCGUGGGCGUGCAGGCCCAGCAGCAGGCCGAGAAGCUGCUCAGCCAUCCGGCUCUGGAUUCCCGACGUGACUUCGAUGUCAGCAAAGUGAAUCCGAAAUCGCUUCCACUGCACUGCGUGGUUGAGUCUGUGCACUCGCUAAAUGCCUCGCUUACCAUUGACACACGCCAGCCGUGGAAACGUCGGCCCAACAUUGAGACAGACAGCUACGUGAUCAUUGCAGCUGCCACGCCAUGGAGCGAAAUAGUGCAAACGGCGCUGCAGCGUCUCGGCUACUCGCAGGAGGUGGCCAACACAGCAAGAGGCUCCCUGAUUAUCAAACAUUGGAAGCCCAUACCGCUGGAACAGAUCUCCGAUAAUCCGGCAGUGCCGGUCAGCGAUAUUGUGGGUGAACUGACCUCAGUUAUAACGCUACGCAUUGUCAUAUUGCGUCCGAAGACAUCCCCCUUUGGCGAGAUUAAGGACAAGCUGCUCAAGCUGCUUGUGCUGCAGUCGCAUGCACUGCUCCGAUCCACCGGCUGCCCCCUGGACGAGGUUACUCUCUCGCAGAUUUGCCGCAGUUCACACCAGAAUACGUAUGCAUUGCCUGGCGGCGAGAUAUCCGAUGAGCUGCGGCGCAAGUUCGACCAGUGGUGGUCGAAUCAGCUCUCUCCGCAGUCCGCGAUGACACCAAAGAUGCUGCCGUUUAUGUCGGCACCCUCAACGGUCCCAGUGGUGCCCGGCGAUAUGGACUUCCCGGUGGGCACAGCGAUGGCUGCCGCUGCUGCUGCGGCGGCACAUGCGGCUGCAGCUGGCGCUGGCGCUGCUGCCAACCCUUUGGGCGCCAUGAGCAGUCGGGAAUCGUUACUGCUGGCCAACGAAGCGGCUGUUGCGGCGGCCGCGGUGGCAGCACACCAUCCAAAUUCAGCUGUUAGCCAGGCUGCACAGGCGGCUGGCCAUCAUGGCAGUAUGCUCGUCCAUCCGAUGCACGCAUCGAUGCAUCAUCAUCACCAUGCGGCAUCGCAUGGCGCUCAGUAUCCCAGCCAGAAAACACGCAUGCGCACCAGCUUCGAUCCGGAGAUGGAGCUGCCGAAGCUGCAGAAAUGGUUCCAGGAGAAUCCGCAUCCCUCGCGCCAGCAGAUUCAGACCUAUGUGGUGCAGCUGAACGCUCUGGAAUCGCGACGCGGUCGCAAACCCCUCGAUGUGAACAAUGUGGUGUACUGGUUCAAGAACGCACGUGCCGCCCAAAAGCGCGCUGAGAUGCGUGGUGGUAGUCUUGGCAAUGCGAUGAGCGCCUUGGGCCAUGCGGCCAUGAAUGGAUAUCUGAGUCAGCAUGCACCGCUCGGUCAGAACUCGAGCAGCAGCGCUGGUAGCCAGCCGCUCAGCAUGGGCAAUCUGUCCAUGUCGCACGAUUAUCUCAAGAGCCCGAUGAGCCUCAAGUCUGAGGAUAUAGACACCAUGUCGCAGCACUCCGAUGAGCUGGAGGAGGAGCCCAGCAGGCCUGGAACGCCACAGUUACCGCUGUCGCUGACCACGCACGAGCGGCAUCGCAGCACGCCCAUGCUGGAGGAUGAGGAUGAGGAGGAGCGUACUGGCGAGCAUCAUCAACAGCAGCAGCAGUCCGCACAGCAGCCGCAACGCUCUAAGAGUGCCGGCAGCGAUGUUGUCAAUGGCUUGGAUGAGGAGCGCGAGGAGAAGACCACUGUUGUAAAAGCAGGCGAUGAAAACGAAACACAUGACAAUUCCAAUUCCAACUCCAAUGCGCAUCCAAGUGCGAUUCUCGAGCCAGCUGGCGAUGAAGUGAAUUCUAACAACAACAACAAUAACAACAACAGCACACAAAAUCAGAGCAACAGCGAACAGGAAGCAGGGGGAGCCAGCACACCCAAGCGCAGUACGCCCAAGGAGGAGGAUGACGACCUUGACAUGGAUGAGGAUGAUGAGGACAAUGAAAACGAUGUCAGCCAUCUGGAUGGGUUUCGUUCGCCCUCGCCCGACAUGGGCGGCAGCGUAACACCGCACAAGGAUCAACUGCCAUUUCCCAUGGUUCCCAACUCGAUGUUCUCGCAGUCCUUCAUGUACAUGAGCCACUAUAUACCGGCCUUCGGUCAGGCAGCAGCUGGCCAUUCGCAUGCCCAUCAUGCGGCAGCUGCUGCGGCCGCCGCUGGCCUGCAGCCGAAUGCGCUGAUGGGCGGAGCGGGUCUCAAUCUGUCGAGUAUAUCGAAUGAGGAGCGACGCAAGCGCAAUCGCACCUUCAUCGACCCGGUUACGGAGGUGCCCAAGCUGGAGCAAUGGUUUGCCAUGAAUACGCAUCCCUCCCACAACCUUAUCCUCAAGUACACCGAGGAUCUCAACACCAUGCCCUACCGCCAAAAGUUUCCGCGACUGGAGAGCAAGAACGUGCAGUUCUGGUUUAAGAACCGGCGGGCCAAGUGCAAGCGUCUCAAGAUGUCGCUCUAUGAUAACAGCCAGUGCAACCAGCUGGGCGGCCUGAGUUCGUUUGUGCCCAAAUACGAGGAACGCGAUUAGUUGCGACAAGAGUAUUAAAAUCAAAAUAUUGGAACAUUUGUCAGGCCAUCUUACCGCUUGCUAGAAGCAUUUGUAAAUAAACCUGGCUACCAACAAAACAGAACUACAUUUCUAUUUAAGAGUUAAGUCCUAUGCAGCUAUGACAAAAACAAACAACAAAAAAAAACAAACAAACAAACAAAAAAAGAUGAAAAAUGCAAACAAAAAAAAAAAAAAACUUAACAUAAUCCCGUAAGCAAACUCUCUACAAGUAUUAUAGCAGGAGGUGUACCAGUUGAUGACCCAGUAACAAACACACUUUCGGUCCCAGUAAGCUAGGCAGUUGCCGCGGAAUAUUUAGCAAAAAUUAGUUAAAAAUUAUACUUAGAUCAACUAAUAGUACUUUAAUUUAUUUACGCAGAAACAUUUUGACAAACGACUUAGCUUAGCAUGACCUAAUCAAAUAUAUCUAAUAGCACUCUAUAUUUAAAUAAGUUUAAUUAUCUAUCAAUUUGCGAGUUAGGCGUGUAACCAAAGAAAGCUAAUUUCAUCUGUAAAUAUGUAUGUUAUGCCUACCUAUUCAAUAUUAAUAUACGACUAGUUACGAGCAUUGGGAAUUUCUCGUUUUUAAAUACUUUGUCUAAUUUCUAAAAGUUUUUGCCUUAUUUAAAUUCGUUUUCCAGCUUAGCACAUAUCUUUGGCUCAUUGAAUGUAAAGAGAAAGAAAAAAAAACAAUAAUAAUUAAAUAUUAUCUUUAGUGGAUUUCGUUGUAUAUCUUGGUAUUUAAUACCUGCAAAAAAAUAUAAAGCUACAGCCAACUAAAUAAUAAUAUUUUGUUUCGAAAAUAUUCAGCAGAUGUUUCAACUAUUCCGUUGUGUAUUUAACUAAUUAAAUUUCAGGAGUUUGAUAACAAUUACGAGUAGAUUCACAUUUAUAUCUACACUUAAACAUGUUUAACGAAUUGUUCCACUAGAUCCAUAAGCAUACAAAUCGAAAAUAAAAACAAUUUAAAUUUACUUGUAAUUUAUUGAAAGCAUGAUAACACACAAACAAAUAAAUAUUACAGAUACACAUACAUUAUAUUAUAAUAUGUAUUCCCAGCAAUUAUUAAAUAAUUAAAUAAAUACAAUUUUAAAU